AUGCAACGUGCCCAGAUUCUCAAAGCGGGCGCAGUUUGCGCCGGUCGUCGAGAGAAAUGCUCGGCAACCUCCUCCGCAUCCUCGGGCUCUUCACCGAAAACAAACAGUUCAGGUACUUUACAGGUUUGUCGAGGGCGGCAACGGACUGUUAGUGAAGCACCAUCCACCCCAGGAAGCGAGGGUAUACGGUUCGGGGUUCAAGGAUCCCUUCGAAGAUUUUGGAAUAGUCGUUCACAGUCAGGGAAGCCCAUUGCUACCGAUGCUUCCGUUGAUGGGAAGUGCACAAGCAUAACGACCGAUGAGGUGAAAGUGCCGUCUUCCGUCUCCGUUUCCUCGCCUAUCCACGUGUGUGACGAUGUGGUUACCACGAAGGGUGACUGUGGGUUAGUGUGCACUGGGACUCAAACUAGCGUGGAGUUUUGUCGACAUCUCAGUUUGCAGCAAUGCGGUGUGGCCGUUGAGCACGGCGUUGAUUCAAGUCUUCACAGCGAGGGAUUGCUCCCAAAGCUGCGGUACGGCUCGAGGCGAAUGGUUAAGCGACUGAUGAGACGUCUUCGGUUGCCAAGUACCUGGGAGGCAACACUCAUUCACUCACUUAACGAGGCCAGAGGGAAUCCACACACUGUCGCUGCCGCAUUAACCAAGCAGCUGGAUAGCAGUUGCGGGAAGUUAGUGUUACUUCCGCCUAUAACGGCUGUGGGUGGGGAGAAUCUGGAGUGUUGUAGAACACAAUAUAACACACAACGUACUGAUGAAGUACCUCGUGUGCAGGGUGGGGAAGGUGUUUCGGAUGAAAUCACGCAUAGUCCCGUGCGGCGUAUGGAUGGUGCCCCGCCAUUGACUGUCGGAGAGGUAAGUGGUGCGCAGCCCAACAAGCAGAGGGCUUUCCCCUUGCAAACCACGAAUGCAUCGGCAGAGGACUCAAAUUUAUCGGCAUGUGUAUCCGGGAAUACACCCGAAGGUCCGGCGCGUCCGUCGUUCGGUGGUCUUGACCUGGACACCGGCGUGGGUGCCGUGGGCAGGAAGGGUUCCAUUGUGGGAACACCGUCGGGAUCUAGCGAGAAUCAGCCAGGGGACGCGAACAAAACCUCGACCCUAAGGACGAAAGGUGCCUCCACCGCCGCCUCCGGGGGAUUGCCGUUGAGAGCACCACGGGUAGGGGAAGACUUUCAGUUACAGGAGGUGUGUAAAGUAAACGCACCGUUUGCGGAUGGUUCGUUGCGGACUGACUCCAUUUUUCAGUUGCCGGGCCUGUCGUGCAGGGAAACACCAUCAUGUGAGCAGAGUUUGCCAAAGGCGGGCCUGGAGUUGUCGUUGUCAACUGACAAUAAGGAAGCGAGUCGUAUGGAGGGCGUCGGCGGCGCAUACUUCUCCGGGGGGAAGGGGGGCGCAUGUCCUUCAGAGAAGUUCUGGACAUCGAGUCGCUCAGUUGAUGAAGCAAACCCGGUGGACCCAUUUGCAACGGACGGGACAUUAAACCGUGCUGUUCUUCAGAAGACUGCGUUUGCUACACCCUUAACUCCUCCAUUGAUCAGUGCAGCAGCUACCGAAGAAGGAUGUGUGCCUCCGCCACCCACGCUCAGCGUAGGAACCACCGAGGACAAAGGCAUUCCCUCAUUACCGCCACCACCACCGCCGCCACCACCGCCUGUUCGAGGGAAAGUACCGGAAAACCGCCGGUGUUGUAAAACGCGCAGUGUUCCCAUAGAUAAAACACAAUACAUCGCGGGGAGCUCGGCGUUUUGCGCGAGUGAGCCUGUUAACCUGCCUGGAGAUUUUUUUCAAAUUCUCGCGGAGGAAUUCAAGCUUGCCGAAUCCUCCUCCACAAGGAAAGCGCCGGGUUUGGUAGCAGAGACCAUUGUCAGUACAGAUCGCGAGAAAAACGUUGGCGUGGUGCUGCGUGUUCUUCGGCUUCCUGUGAGUACCAUCGAAGAGUGCGUACGCAGUUUCGACGAUGAUACGCUAUCGGAGGAGUGUGUAGCUAGUUUGGCCAAAGUAAUUCCCACAAAGGAAGAGAGGCGUUUGGUUGAAUCGUGGAUUAAUCAAGACCCUGCUGUUGAGGCAUGUAAGUUGCAUCGAUUGAGUACGGUGUCCCAGUUUUUCGUUAUGUGCGUCUCAGUUGACUUGUACGCUGAGCGUAUAGAAUGCUGGAACAUGCGAAACGAAUUUAAUUGCCGCGUUGAGGAUCUUGAACAGAAACUGAAGCGUGCUCAUGACGGCAUUCGGGCGGCCCUGGACACUAAACGUCUGCCAAGGGUUCUUCAGUAUAUUUUAGCGAUCGGCAACUUUCUAAACGCUGGUAGCAGGUAUGAAGAUGCAAAAGGAUUUUCGAUCUCCCAGCUUGACCAGAUAAUACAGUUCCCGACUACGGACAGAAAGCGUACUUUACUGGAGCAUGCUGUGAUGGUCAUUGAGCGAUGCGAACCAGACUUGCACCGAUUUACACAAGAGUUGCUACCGAAGGUGGAGUACGCAGGUGGCUUUGACACGGUCGGCGUCACCAGUGAAAUUCAGUACCUUCGAGAACGAUUGGAAAAAUGCGUGACGCUGGUUCAUACUAUUGCAGAAGAUAAUCCCUGGACUUCAAAACUUGACCCUUUUUUACGUAGUGCCCUACCUGCAAUGGAACGUAUCGAGCAGCAUCACAGUGACUUAGAGGCUGUUAGCGAAGAAUUGGCGAUCUUCUUUUGCGAGGACCCAAAGACGUUCCCCAUGAACAAAGUCAUGCGAUGCCUCUCGAGUUUUGCGAAAAGGUACGAUGGGAAGAGGGCCCUAUUGCAGGGGAGGAAAAUGAACCCUUCUAAGAACCCCCGUCGUGCAAUUAGAAGUUAA